UGUGUGAGAAAAAAAAAAGGGGGUUGUGAUUAUAGAGGCAUAAACCCAAGAGAACAAAAAACAGCGGAUUUGAGAGCCCAAAAUUGAACCAAAUUUCAUAAAUUUGGUCAGAAUACGAAACUGCCCAUUUGCAACUCUUUGUGUUUGCAUGCCCAACACUUUGCCUAAAAUCCCCAAGUCUGAGGUGGAGUGAGUUAAUAGCCUUGUCACUUUUUGAUGUUGGGGGUUAUUUAACAUCGGUCUGGGACUGGGAGUUUUCCCAAGUCUGAUUCCUGGGUUGAGUUUUGAGUUUUCUGUGUUUUAGGGUCUCAGAGUUUGAAACCCCAAAAAUAGGAAAACCAAACACAAGGGUCUUUUUGGAGUUCUGACAAUGUCAUCCUCUAAGAAAGAGCUUGAGGAACAGCUUAAGAAGGCUGGACAUUCUCUCCUUAAGCCUCCUUCCAACAUUGAUGAGCUCCUCAAACUCCUCGAUGAAGUUGAGGGUUUGCUGUCAUAUGUGGAGCAAGCACCGUCUACAUCCCUGCAAGAUGCGCUUCUACCCUCAAUGACAGCAUUAAUUUCGGAUGUACUGUUACGACACUCAGAUACGGAUGUAAGAGUUUCUGUUGCAUCAUGUAUCACUGAGAUUACAAGAAUAACAGCACCUGAAGCCCCAUACGAUGAUGACAAAAUGAAGGAAAUUUUUAAGCUGAUUGUAGCAGCUUUUGAAAACUUAUCACAUCUAUCCGGUCGCUCUUACAAAAAGGCAGUGUCCACUCUAAAAGUUGUUGCGAAGGUCAGGUCAAGUGUGAUGAUGCUGGACCUUGACUGUUACUCAUUAAUUGCUGAGAUGUUUCAACAUUUCCUAAAUAUAAUCCAGUCCAACCAUCCACUUGCUGUGUUUUCAGACAUGCAAACUAUUAUGACAAUGGUUUUCGAUGAAAUUCAUGAAAGUGAAGAAAUUCCCUUGGAACUUCUCAAAAUUCUCUUGUCAAGUGUUAGAAAGGAAAAUCAGAAUCUUUCACCUUUUUCUUGGAAAUUGGGUGAGGCGGUUCUCCAUAAUUGUGCAGCUAAGCUCAAACCGUAUCUCAUGGAAGCAGUGAAGUCCAUGGGUACUGCUUUGGACGAUUAUGCUCGUAUAGUGGCUUCUAUAUGCCAGCAUGGAUCUGAUACCCUCAAACUUGACCAUGUCGUGAAGAAUCAGGUGACAGAGGUAGUUACUGCCAAUGCUGCUUGUCCGACAUCAGUUGACAAAUCUGUGGCUGCUCCCACUAGUGAUGAACCUACAAUUGUACAUGACUCUUCUAAAACAUUACAGCGUUGCCAUCUUACUAAACAUUCCAAGGAGGUUGAUUUACAAGAUGGUGCUCAACCUGAAAAUUCAUUCUCUGUGAAGGCUGUCAAAUCAGUAACUGAGCCAGAUUCCAGUACCAAAAAGAAAAGCACGAGGCCCCAUUCUUCAAUGGACGCAGAGGAAAAAUCAGAAAUUGAGCCACAUUCAGCUCCGAAAAAGAGAGGCCGGAAGCCAAAUUCUUUAAUGAAUCCAGAGGAAGGUUACGAGAAUUGGAUGCAUUCUGGAAAAAAAUCUCCAAAAUCGGCUGGCAACAAGAAGUCACAUGAAAAGGGAUCUAAUAGUUUACCUACUGAAGACCAUGUUUGUGUGAAGGUCACUACGUCAUCCCCUUUGCCAUCAACACUUCAAGAAGUGGUUGAGCCAUCCAGUUUUCCAUUGACACUUCAAAAAACGACUGAGUCACCAAAUUCUCAACCUAAAGCAGAAGGGGACAUAGGAUCUGCUUCUUCGCUUCUACAAAAUGGCCAUCCUGAUGGAACCGAAUCUAGAAGAGGUCGGCCAAAGAAGCAAGUAACCGUAGCACAUCAAGAAGCUAAUCCUACUUCCCUUGAACCGGCAAAGGGAGAUUUUUUGAGUGCUCAGGCUGAAGAGAAAAGUCCACCAUCAAUCGAUACUUUGAAAAUGGAAUCUAAGGAGACAAGUACCUUAAAAGCAAAAUCACGAGGACGCCCCAGAAAAUUUCGUCCAAAAACAAAUGACGAGACAAUUAUUGCUUCUGUACAUGUAGGCUCAGGGAAGGAAUCUGCAGUUCCAUAUAAUCCUGAGGAAAACCAACUAGAAUCAGCUUUGACUCUUGGAACUGGGAAUAUCAAUCACCAGUCAUUGGUGCAAAAGGUUGGGACUGGGAAUGUGAGUGCAACAAGACCAAGGGGGCGCCCGAGAAAGCUUGCUGCAAAAUUAAAUCAGGAGACUGUCCUUGCUUCUGAAAGUGUAGUAGUGAAAGAGGAGUCACCAGUCCCAAGUGGUCCCGAGCAAAAACCUGAUCAGGAGCCCGCUUUACAGUCUGGAACUGGGAGUAUCCAGGAUCGAUCAGCUGUAAAAGGUAUUAAGAAACGUACGCUGGAUGAUGCUCCUAAUGCAGAUGGUGCUGAAGGAUCUCUUAGUAAGAAGAUAUCCAAGUCUGAGACAAAAAUGGAGGGAGAUAUUGUGGAAGGAACCCCUAAGAUUAUACGCAAGAGGAAACGUUCCAUUGGAAAGGAAGAGGGGAAUCCAUUGCGUGAUCCUGAUGACCGAUUAGUUGGCAAAGGAAUAAAGGUUUGGUGGCCACAAGACAAAACGUUUUAUGAUGGUGUUGUUCGUUAUUACGACGCUGUUAGAAAGAAACACUUGGUGCUUUAUAAUGAUGGGGAGAAAGAAAACCUAAACCUUCGAAAGCAACGAUGGCAACUGAUUGGAGGUGAUUCAGAAGAUACAUGUAUACAACUGGGGCAAAAGAAUGACACGCCAAAGACUGAUGAUUCUGAUAUACCACAAAAGAGGAAGUGGAAAGCAAAAUCAGAGUCAUCUAAGCAAGCAAAUGCUGGUUUCUCCUUGAAGAGGAUAUCUAGAACUGGAGCCUCAGCUGGCUUAUCCAUUGUUGACUGUAUGAAGUCUGACAGUAAAUCUGCAGACCGUUCUACACUUAGUGAGCCUAUAGAAGAUGACAAGUCCCAGGAAAUUGACAGGUUGACGAAUGAUGAAACUGAAAUAUAUGCUGGUGAGUUGAAGGUGGAUAUGAAGACUGGUAUGGACUCUACGCAGAUCACACCUGAGGCUAUGACCUUGUCGAAGGAAGAGAAUCCAAAAGUUGAUAUCGAAGCCUCUGUUAGUGUUGGUGCUAAAGAAAUGACAGAAUUGAAGACUGGUGUUGACUUUAUGCAAAUCACACCUGAGGCUAUGACAUUGUUGAAGGAAGAGAGUCCGAAAGUUGAAAUCGAACCCUCUGUUGGUGUUGGUGCUAAAGAACUGACAGAAUUGAGCAAUGGUGCAAAUGAUGCAAGUUCCCCCUCUUCACCUGUGUUGGACAAGGCUGUGUAAACAUAGAAACACACAUGAUUCUUGCACUAGUACCAAAAGCCUCGUCGGUUAGUCUCUAUUUUUUCCCAUUGUAGACAGAGACAUGCAUUUGGUGUUAGUUUUAACUCUGAUGCAUGGUGUUAACUCUAGUACCAGAACUGUCUGUUUAGAAUUUUUUUCCUUGUAGAUACAGCAACAUGCUUCCAGUGGUCUUUUCCCCUAAUGCAUGUCUUUUCUUUCUAGUGUUGAAAGUAUCAGUUAGCUUGUAUUUUGUUCGUUGACUGUAAAAUCGGAUCGGUUUUCUUAUAAAAUUAAUAUAUGUUGAAGCUUUAUGUU